ACUGCGUUCAGCUUCAUACACUAUAAAGGAAUGCAUAAGCCAACAGGCAACAACACACUACAUAGCCAUGAACUGUCUCAUUUCCACCAUCCUCUUAGUUAACCCAAAACCAAUUACAAACCUAAUAGCUACCAUAGUCGUUGAUUCCCAAAUAUCAUCUUCGAUUAACCCAAAACCAAUACGCCUAAAGUCAUGAGGGCACGAGUGAUUCACUGUCAAUCUCAUCACCAGCAACGAUGAAAAAGUCCUUGGAGCUUUCAUGCCAGGAAGGGCUUGUAAGUAGAGCUGUAUCAAACUCAGAAAGUAUUGGCCGUUUUGAGGCAGAGUCGAAAAAGUUACCAUCUUCCAAAUACAAGGGAGUAGUUCCCCAGCCCAACGGCAGAUGGGGAGCACAACUAUACGACAAACAUCAACGCGUGUGGUUGGGAACUUUCGACGAGGAGGAACAUGCCGCUCAUGCCUAUGAUAUUGCAGCACUAAGGUUCCGUGGCAACAAUGCCAUCACCAAUUUCAAGCUUUCCUUGGAUGGGAACAAAGAUGUCGUCGAACUUUAUUUCCUGAAUUCUCAUUCCAAGGAUGAAAUUGUGGACAUGCUCCGGAAACAUUCUUAUGCAUGUGAACUCGAGCAAACUAGGUACAACAUUUCUGCAUGCACUGGCACUAGAAAAACAACUAAAAGUAAUGGCGAAUUCGAGGACACGCCCGGGUCUGAUCCAUUUGAUGUAGCCAGGAAGCACCUUUUUGAGAAGGUGGUGACGCCAAGUGAUGUGGGGAAACUAAACCGCAUGGUGAUACCAAAACAGCAUGCCGAGAAGUAUUUUCCAUUGCCUAUCGAAAGUGCUGCAAAGGGUGUGCUGUUGAAUCUGGAAGAUGAUGCAAGAAAGGUAUGGAGGUUUAGAUAUUGCUACUGGAGCAGUAGCCAAAGCUAUGUUUUGACAAAAGGGUGGACCAGAUUUGUGAAGGAGAAGAACCUGAAAGCUGGGGAUAGAGUUAGCUUUCAACGAUCCGGAGAACCUGCGAACAAGUUAUUCAUAGGAUGCAGGCCACAAAAGGGAUCGAGUUUGGUGGGAAUGUCUGAUCAGGAAAACUCAUCAAAAUCUGUUGAAGCUACAAGACUUAUCAGGUUAUUCGGUGUCAAUAUUUUGGAAGCACCUGCAAAUCAUGUGUUGUAGUACGAGGAGGUUGAGGGAGUGCGAACUUGUUGGAAUGAAAAAAAAAAAAAAAAUCUAUAUUUAUCUCUCUCGCUUUCUUGCAUUAUACUUCAUCAUGCUAAACUACGGCUAAA